AUGAGAAGCGAACAGCCACAUUCUGAUGAGAGUCCUAUUCCGUUUUUUCAUCUCUUUGUCUCCCUCCAGGAACGGCGGGAGCACUACAGACGAUUGCUGCCGCCCGAGCCGGGAGCUGACGUGGCGGGUGAGGAGAGGGCAGUGGUGGCGGUGCGGCUGCCAUCGGGGGUGGUGUUUAAGCGGGAGUGGCAGAGAGCAGACACAGUGGGCGACAUUUAUAACUGGCUGCACACGCUCCCGCCAAAGAACCUCCCCCCCUUCCCCCUCUCGCGCGCGGCUCUAGCCACCACCUUUCCCCGCCGCCUGCUGCCCCUCUCCUCCUCUGCAGCCGUCUCCCUAGAGCAGGCGGACCUGUGCCCGCGAGCAGUGCUGGUGCUGGAAGAGCAAAUGAACGAGAGCGAGAUUGAGGGGCCUAGGGAUGUGUAG